ACAUUUUGUGAUGACAACGAACGGUAUUGUGAACAUACGUAUGUGGAACGAAAUUACCCCAAUGUUUUGCAACCGCUGAGAUAAUAGUUGUCGCAGAUAUUUGUUGCAGCAACAUUGUGGGAAUGUCAACAA